AACACUAACUUACUAUUUAUUUACGUCUGAAAAGUGCAACUCAGAUUGGAAAAAAAAAUUUGUGCCAAAUUUUCAGUCAUUUUAGAAGAUCCAGAAUUCAGCUGGUUUUUAAAAAAGUGUGAAAAUGGAGGAUAUGCCACCGGGGUUCCGGUUCUUCCCGACUGAAGAUGAGCUGGUGUCGUUUUAUCUGCAACACAAGCUAAAUGGGACGAGGGAUGACUUGGACCGCCUCAUGGAUCGUGUUAUUCCGGUCGUCGACAUUUACGCCUACAAUCCUUGGGAUCUUCCACAAUUUUCGGUGUAUUUGUGUCACAAGGAUAAGGAACAAUGGUUUUUCUUUAUCCCGAGGCGGGAGAGUGAGGCGAGAGGAGGACGACCGAGGCGGCUGACGACCACCGGGUACUGGAAAGCAACCGGCUCUCCUGGCUGUGUUUACUCCAACAACCGCGCCAUUGGCGUCAAGAGGACGAUGGUGUUCUACAAAGGAAGGGCUCCCAGCGGCCAGAAAACUGAGUGGAAAAUGAAUGAAUACAAAGCUAUUGACGGUGAAGCAUCCUCGUCAACGGCCGGCGCUUCUCCGACGUUGAGACAUGAAUUCAGCCUUUGCCGAAUCUACAAGAAAUCAAAAAACUUACGAUCGUUUGACAGGCGACCGCCACCAGCACUAAUGCCAGGCCAGCCUGGCGCCGCCCAGCUGCAGCUAGGUCUACCUGCGGUGGCAGGAUCGUCUCUUCAGAACCCUCUAAAGGAAGAUCAGAAAAUGACAUGUUCACCAGAGAGUUCAUCGUCAGGAGAACAUGGAAAUAUUCCCUCUCAAUCAGCCGGGAAAACCGGUGGCUCGAGAAUGAUCGGUGAUGAUGAAUAUUUCUUGGAUAUAGAUGAGUUUUGGGACGCAGUGAAAUAAUCAAAUGGAACAUAGGAUUCAAAAAGUUCGAAGACUUGGUGUGGUUUUUUAUCCGUAAAAAUGUUGCAUUUUUAUUACCUAAUUCAACAAAACACUCAUGGAUUCCAAUGUUUUUGGAAAAACCUAAUUAUCAAGCUCUAUUUUCUUAGAUGUAAUAAAAAAAUGAUCUUGUU